AUGCCCGGCCACGUCGUGAAGAGCACGGGUCCCGACCCCGACCCCACCGAGUUCCUGUUCAUCUCGGCUGAACAGCGAAUGCUCGACCAGACCAAGCCUUACGAUCCCAAGAAGUCUUGCUGGGUCCCUGACGAUAAGGAGGGCUUCCUUGAGGGCUUGAUCCAGGGCGCCAAGGGUGACAAACUAGUCAGCGUCCAGCUGAAGAGCGGUGAGGUCAAGGACUACAAGACGGAAUCUGUGGUUCAGGUCAACGCUUCCAAGUACGAAAAGUGCGAAGAUGUGUCCAACUUGACCUUCCUCAACGAUGCUUCUGUCCUGUACAACUUGAAGAGCCGUUGCCAGGCCAAGCUGAUCUACACCUACUCUGACCUCUUCUGCAUCGCCAUCAACCCCUACAAGCGCUUCCCCAUCUACACCAACCGCACCGUCAAGAUCUACCAGGGCAAGAGGCGCAAUGAGGUGCCUCCCCAUCUCUUCGCCAUCUCCGACGGCGCCUACAUGGACAUGUUGCAAUCGAGCGUUAACCAGUCCAUGCUUAUCACUGGUGAGUCUGGCGCCGGCAAGACUGAGAACACGAAGAAGGUGCUGUCCUACUUCGCCAACGUCGGCGCCACCACAAAGAAGAAGGAAGAUGAGAACAAGCCGAACUUGGAGGACCAGAUCGUGCAGACAAAUCCUCCGCUGGAGGCUUACGGCAACGCCAAGACCACCCGUAACGACAACUCCUCUCGUUUCGGUAAGUUCAUCCGCAUCCACUUCGCCCCCAACGGCAAGCUCUCCGGUGCUGACAUCGAGGUGUACCUGCUGGAGAAGGCUCGCGUGGUGUCCCAGGCCCCUGCCGAGCGUGGCUACCAUAUCUUCUACCAGAUGAUGACCGACCGAGUCCCUUACAUUAAGAAAAUUUGCAAACUCUCAAAUGACAUUUACGACUACCAUUACGAGGCUCAGGGCAAGGUAACUGUGCCUACCAUCGAUGACAAUGAAGACAUGGAAUUUACUCAUAAUGCCUUCACUAUUCUGAAUUUCACUGACGAGGAGCGUGACAGCUGCUACAAAAUCACGGCCGCCGUCAUGCACAUGGGCAACAUGAAGUUCAAGCAGAGAGGUCGCGAGGAGCAGGCUGAGCCCGAUGGCACAGAGGCAGGUGAAAUCCUUGGUGAACUUCUCGCCACUGACAGUGAGGAGUUAUACAGGAAUCUGUGCAAGCCCAAGAUCAAGGUCGGUGCUGAGUUCGUCACCCAGGGUAGGAAUGUCGCCCAGGUCUAUUACUCCGUUAGCGCUCUGGCCAAGGGCGUGUUCGAUCGUCUCUUCAAGUGGAUCGUGAAGAAGUGUAACCAGACCCUGGAGACCGGCAUGAAGCGUGCCAUGUUCAUUGGUGUGCUCGAUAUUGCCGGCUUCGAGAUCUUCGACUUCAACGGCUUCGAGCAGAUCUGUAUUAACUUCUGUAACGAGAAGUUGCAGCAGUUCUUCAACCACCACAUGUUCGUGCUUGAGCAAGAGGAGUACAAGGCCGAGGGCAUUGACUGGGUCUUUGUCGACUUCGGUAUGGAUCUGCAGGCUUGCAUUGAGCUCUUCGAAAAGAAACUCGGCCUCCUCGCCAUCCUCGAGGAAGAGUCCAUGUUCCCUAAGGCUACUGACAAGACGUUUGAGGAGAAGCUGAAGGCCAACCAUCUGGGCAAGUCUCCCUGCUUCAUCAAGCCCAAGCCUCCCAAGCCAGGCCAGUCUGAGGGUCACUUCGCCAUCGUCCACUACGCCGGCACUGUGACUUACAACCUGAGUGGCUGGCUGGAGAAGAACAAGGAUCCCCUCAACGACACCGUCGUGGACCAGCUCAAGAAGUCCAAAAUGGAUCUCGUUGUGGAGCUCUUCGCCGAUCAUCCCGGCCAGUCUGCUCCCGCUGAGGCCAAGGGAGGUAUGAAUUUAGGAAUACUUUAA